CAGCCCAAGGCAGCCAUGGCUUGGCUCCCUGAAUCCCUAGUGUUUUGGACAAUGCUGACCCUUAUCUGCUUGAUCGCCCCAGGAUGUCCUGUGGAAGUGAAAGUGCCGAUUGAACCCCUGAGCAAACCUGCUGGUGAAGCUGCAGAGCUGACCUGUAACUAUUACACAUCGGUGGGAGAAAACUUUGCGCUGAAAUGGAGCUUUGUCAAGCCUGGUAAUCCCAUCUCUUCAGCUGAGACUAUCCUCUAUUUCACCAAUAAGGAGCUAUAUCUGACGGGUCCCCAGUCGAAGAGGGCCACUCUGCUUCAGGAUCCCCCCACAGGAGGGAUAGCCACACUUCAACUGACAAAUAUUGAAUCUUCAGACACUGGAACCUACCUCUGCCAGGUCAACAACCCACCAGACUUCCAUAAUAAUGGCCUGGGGCUGGUCAAUCUCACAGUGCUGGUACCCCCAACCAAGCCCACAUGUGGACAAAGUGGGCAGAUCUCAGUAGGAGGGGGUGCUGCAUUGACCUGCAGUUCUUCAGGGGGUGCCCCCCGUCCUGUAUACACCUGGGUUCGGUUGGGUUCUGCUCCUACACCAGCUCCAGGCAGCUCGGUGCAAGAUGAAGUCUCUGGUCGGCUCAUCCUCACCAACCUUUCUCUCACUUCCUCCGGAGUCUAUCGAUGUGUGGCUGCCAAUCAGUUAGGCAGUGCUUUCUGCGAACUGACCCUUGCAGUGGCUGACCCUUCCAAGGGCAGGAUUGCAGGGGCUGUCAUAGGUGUCCUCCUGGGAUUGCUGUUCUUGGUGGUAGGUGUAUUCUGCCUACUGAAGUUCCAGAAGCAGAGGAUUAAGAAGCCAAGGGAGAUGUAUGGGGGCAAUGACCUUAGAGAGGAUGCCAAGGCCCCAGGGGUUUAUGACUCACCUCCCCAGAGAGGCAAUUCAGAUGUUGGUCUGCUGGAGAGGUCCCCUUCUGCCAGCACUGUAACCACCACCAAGUCCAAGCUCCCCAUGGUUGUUUGACAACCUUCUAUACUCUACUGACUCUAU